GGCACUGCACAUUGAUCUGCCUUUUUCCAGCCAGACCUGUGAGCCGAGAACAGCUACGGCCUUCUUCUCCUCCCAAAGCCCACUUUGUCCUCUGAAUGGAACCCUCAAAGAUCAUGAUAGAAGAACCGCGUCUGUACCAGAGUACGCUUCUACAAGAUGGCCUUAAGGAACUCCUUGAUGAGAACAAGUUUGUUGAUUGCACACUCAAAGUUGGAGACAGAAGUUUACCCUGCCACAGACUCAUCAUGGCAGCGUGCAGCCCCUAUUUUCGGGAGCUUUUUUUUUCAGAAGAAGGUAAAGAGAAUAUAAAGGAGGUUGUUCUUGAAAAUGUGGAUGCCAAAGUAAUGGAUGUGAUCAUUAAGUAUCUGUAUUCAGCAGAAAUAGAUCUCACUGAUGAAAAUGUACAGGAAAUCUUUGCUGUGGCUAGCCGCUUCCAGAUUCCCUCAGUGUUCACUGUAUGUGUAAGUUACUUGCAGAAAAAGCUUUCACCUAACAACUGCCUGGCCAUUUUCAGGUUAGGUCUUCUCCUGGACUGCCCAAGAUUGGCAUUGACAGCACGGAAUUUUAUUUCUGACCGUUUUGAGACAAUGUCAAAACAAGAGGACUUCAUUGAGCUUGCAUCGCAUGAACUUAUGACCAUUAUUGCAAACGACUCCUUAAAUGUGGAGAAGGAAGAAAUUGUGUUUGAAGCAGUCAUGAAGUGGGCUAAACAUGACAAACAGAACAGAGUUAAGAGUCUAAAUGAAGCUUUUGAGUGCAUCCGCUUCCGCCUAAUGCCAGAGAAAUACUUUAAAGAGCAUGUUGAAAAGGAUGAUCUUAUCAAGGCCAACCCUGACCUUCUUAAAACAGUCCAAGUCAUUAAAGAUGCCUUUGCUGGAAAGCUUCCUGAGGCUGGCAAAAAGAAAGAUGAAUCUGGAGAGGGUGUUGUGAACGGCGAUGUAGGAGAUGAAGAUCUGCUGCCUGGUUACCUGAAUGACAUUCCUCGAUAUGGCAUGUUUGUCAAAGACUUUGUUCUGAUGAUCAGUGACACAGUAGCAGUGGCAUAUGAUCCAAAUGCUAAUGAAUGCUAUCUGGCAGCCAUGACUGAACAAAUCCCCAGGAACCAUGUCAGCAUGAUCUCCAAAAAAAAUCAAGUAUAUGUUAUUGGAGGGUUAUUUGUGGAUGAAGAAAAUGAAAAAAUCCCACUGCAGUCAUAUUUCUACCAGCUUGAGAGCCUUACUGGUGAAUGGAUUGCCCUCCCCCCACUGCCUUCUCCAAGAUGUCUAUUUGGGAUGGGUGAAAAUGAUAACCUCAUAUAUGCAGUUGGUGGCAAAGAUCUCCAGACUGAAGAAGCUCUUGAUUCAGUGCUGUGCUAUGAUCCUGAGUCACUCAAAUGGAGUGAAAGCAAAAAGUUGCCAACAAAGGUCCAUGGUCACUCCGUGGUUUCACACAAUGGAUUGGUAUACUCUAUUGGAGGAAAGACUGAUGACAAAAAAACCAUCAACAAGUUGUUGGUCUACAAUUGCAAGAAGUCUGAGUGGAAGGAGCUGGCUCCCAUGAAAUCAGCCCGUGCCAUGUUUGGAGCUGCGGUUCACAAUGGCAAAAUCAUUGUGGUUGGAGGUGUGAACGAAGAGGGCCUAACUGCUGCUUCUGAAGUUUAUGACAUUGCCACUAACAAGUGGGAGGCAACAACGGAAUUUCCACAGGAGAGAAGCUCCAUUAAUCUCAUUAGCAGUGGUGGGUCACUGUAUGCCAUUGGAGGAUUUGCCAUGGUUCAGCUUGAAAACAAAGAAUUUGCACCAUCAGAAGUUCCUGACGUUUGGAAGUUUGAAGAGGACAAGAAAGAAUGGGCUGGCAUUCUGAGAGAGCUCCCCUAUGCCUCUGGAGCCUCCUGCCUCUCAACGCGCCUCAAUAUGUUCAAACUCACCAAAUUAUAAGAGGCUUCUGAUAUUUUUAAUUAAAAUGUAAUUAUAUCGCAGUGUUUUUAAAACUAAAUAUUUGCCAAAGGAUUUUGUUCACACUAGAAUUAUUUCUGCACUAGAGCAUUUUUAAAAUGUUACUUUUCAUACUAGUUUAAUUUUUGAACUCUACCCUAGACAUUCACCUUGGUGUUUGUGCUGUGUGAGAUAAUCUCUAGGUUUUAAAAGGCACAUCCUUGCUGACACAUCGUUUUUAAACUGUAAAAGAAGCAUCUCAGUUUAGAAAUUAAAUAAAUGAAAUUAACAAAUGA